AUGUGUGGUUGUCUCUCCCUUUACCCCAUCAAUAGAGAGUCGAAUAUCGCGGUUCCUGGUGAAUGGCUUUUCCCACUGCACGAGGGCCCAAUUGACGUCGAUGUUGCGGCGCAGUCCAAAAUCCGCAUGACCACAGAAAGUUUUUUGGAGACGAGUGCGAAAAAUUGCCUAAAUAUGACUGUGACCACUGGGAAAAUGCCGUCUGCUAGUGAGGCCCCCACGACGGCCUUCCCAUCCAGCUCUGCAGUGACCAGGAGCCACGCACUCCAUACUACUGACUACUCAACCCCCCAAACCAAAUCCACCUUCGACGAAAAGUACGGUAAGCGUACUAACCCCGCGAUACUAGGCAAACAGCGGACCUCGAGCAACGGUUUGAGCGCUGCAGCAGCAGUAACUGUGCAAGUCCAAUGGCAGAUUGCUUUUAUUUCGAUGGGCAGAGCUGCUGUGUGUGUCAACCAAACUAUUAUGGAGGCGGAGAGGAGGGAUGCUGCUCCUGAAAAGCCGCGACGCAUCUAUCUGGAUGGAGAGUUACUCAUGAAUUUUGGAACAGCAGACGGAAAAUCGGUGUCCGCCUCGAUUUUCCUCGACACUGAGGUGCGCGGAGAUGAAACCAUUCUCGCCCGAAGCGGUAUUCACGAAGAGCCCCAAAACUUCCCUUCCAUCCACUUAAUCACACCCAUUUUCAGCAUCCUCAAUUCCUUUCUCGCGGUUCCCCGCAGUCAAGACGGUGAUAGGUUAACAUCUCGCGCAUUCAAUAUCUUCUCAUUAACUUCGGGCUUCACUGCACCCUUCAAUUUCACCUUUACUCUUGACGCCUCAAAUUAUGGUCGCCUUGCAAUCCGUGGAAGUCUUCGACGAUUGAGCUCCACCGAGGAUACAUUUAGAGGAUCAAUGAAUGUAGAAAUUACUCCUGAGGGUCAAUUCGUACUCCUGAGUAGCCGAUUGGUAGCCGCUGAUGGUCUCGUACAGACAGAAAAUGGGCAUGAUCGAAGCAUCGUAUAUGAAAAGUCGGGUGCAGGAAAAGUGAAGUUCGAACCUCAGACAUACAAUUUAAGAUCGGAGGAGGGUCAGACAAUAUCUGUGAGACUCUUUGGUGGCGGAGAGGGAGCGGUAAGGGAGGGUUCAUGCUUGCUUGCGGAGAACAGUCUGAUGGGCAAAGGGCAGAAAUUUGCCGUAAAAAUGAGUGCCCAGGGCUACUGCAGAGAGGACUGCCGAACUAAUUACGGCUGUUCGCUUUAUUGUAUGGACAUGCCCGUCUUUUCAGGUAACCUCCUUCAAUUUCGUUUCAACACUUCCCCGCAUGCAUCCACAGCCAUUUUAACCAUGAACAAAAACAUUAGCUCGACGAUGUAA